UUGCUGUUCAUUUCCUAUCUAUUUAGCAUUUUAGCCCAAAUUUUACACACUUAAAUAAGAAUCCUUGAAAACCCUAGACUCGGGAAUCAAUAUAUAGACUCCGCCAUAAGCAUUCGUAACUUCGCCGCCGUUGAUUAUUAUCUUCAAAAAUACGCUGCGGCAACUAAGUGAGUUGGUGCGAAGAUGAGUCGUGGUGCAGCAGCGGGACCCAAGGGGAAGAAGAAAGGAGCGACCUUUACUAUCGACUGUGCUAAGCCGGUUGAAGAUAAGAUCAUGGACAUUGCCUCACUCGAAAAGUUCCUCCAGGAACGGAUCAAGGUAGGCGGCAAAGCCGGUGCUCUUGGCGACUCCGUCACCGUCACCCGCGACAAGACCAAAAUCACCGUCACGUCCGACUCCAACUUCUCCAAGCGUUAUCUUAAGUACUUGACCAAGAAGUACUUGAAGAAGCACAAUGUCCGGGAUUGGCUUCGAGUGAUUGCUUCCAACAAGGACAGAUCUGUUUACGAACUCCGCUACUUCAAUAUUGCCGAGAAUGAAGGGGAGGAGGAAGAAUGAAGAAUCAGUUCCACAUUUUUUUUCUAGUUUACUGCUUUAUUAUUUCUUAGGAACCUCUUUUAUCUAUUUAAGGUGUCAUGUUCUGCUUUUUUCCUUCAGACCUUACUCUAAUUUGCAAUGAAAUUUUGAUUGCUGAUAGUAAAAUUUGCUAUAAAAAAGAUGCAUUUUUCUUUUGAGUUAA